AUGCCUUCAAAGCAGGUCAAACUUCUUCAAACCAGUUACGAUGAAGAUCAAUCAUCCUCCGAUGAGGAUGAGUUUGAAAAUCCAUUCAAAAUUCCAACUGAUGAGCAAAUAUUUGAAAGGAGAGAAAAAGAAACAAACAAAGAUGCCAACUCCAGCUUGCACUCACGUUCUCCUCGAAAACAUAAAUUCAGCAGCCGCAGAGAUCGUGCUUUGCUGCCCAACAUCAACGACAAAAAAUCUAAAAGCGCUCCCUCAGGUGAUAUGUCACUGGAUGCUUCGUAUAAAAAAAAGGAAAACGUUGGAGAUUUUAUAGAGAAGAAAAAACAAAUGUUUUUAUUGCAAAUGAGCAUUGACACAAAGAAAUUUGAAGUCAAGAAGCUCGAAAAAAAAGCUCAAAAACGAGAACAAAAGUUAUUUCAAAUGGAGCAAGAACUAAAGCAACAGACACAAGCGUUUGACGACUUUUUGGCUUUGAAUGACAUUAGGGCGGUUGAAGCCAUCAAAAAAGCAGAAGAAGAAACAAAAGCCAAACAAUCAAAACAAAAUGAAAUUAAGAAAUUGAAUGCUAGGGCUGCGGCUAUUAACACUGAGAUAGCUAAACUAGACGAACAAUUAGAAAACUGCAGAAGAUAUAAGGAAUUUUUGGAUUCUCUCACACCUAAGGAAGAGUUAAUGAAAAUGAACGAAAAGAAGAAUUCAAAGAAAAACAAGAACCAAGGUACUUCAAAGAUAGCCUCUAAAAACUCUAGUAAUGAUGAUGAAAAACCAGAAACUAAAAUGACUCAAAUAGCUUCGAUCGAUGGCGGAGAAGACGAUGAUGAAGAUGAUGACGACGAGGCCAUUGAAAUGUAUUUUAAAAAACCGGAACAAUUGUUAAAUAUUUAUUCAGAAUUGGAAGAAAGCAAUUUAAUUCUUAUUCAAAGUACUGAAGACAUCCAAGAGCAGCUUGAAGAAGUACAGAAGAUAUACAAGGAGACAAAGAAGAAAAUGAAUGCUGAGGCAGAGAAUCUUCAACUCCAAAUAGAUAGCCUUAAUGAACAAAUAGAGAUGGAGCAGGAGCGAUUGAAAACCGUAUCAGAACGACAUUCAGCUAACAAUGAUCAAGAUGGUGAAGAGAAGCUCAAAACAUUGUCUGACAAAAUUAAGGAAAUAUAUUUGGACUCGGCCAUCGAACUUGACAACGACGAGAACGCAGAUUUAGUGGAAAAUCUUGAUCCUUUGUUUAUGCUCUCAAAGAUAGAGACAAAACUUGAAAGCUUGUUAACGUAUUUAGAUGACUACGACAGCGAUUUUAUUUCUAAAUACGAAAAGCAAAGAGAAAAAGAAAGAAGAAAACAGCAAAGAGAGGAAGGAAACAAACAAAAAAGCCAAAAGGAAAAGAAAAACAAAUCGAUUUUGCAGUCAAACGUAGCAAAGAAACGAAAUGGAAAACCUCUCGUGUUCCGAUCUGCUCCUCCAAAUACAGUCGCCAAAAAAGCAAAGAGUGAGGAAACUAAAGAAGAUGAAGAACGAGACGAGUUUAAGGAACUGUUUCUCAUCAACUGA